ACAAUAUUUUGAUCCAUUAUUGACUUUUCCAUUGUAUACUCUUGUUUGAUAAUGCUCAUUGAAAUUGUUCUGAAGUUUGAUUCUUUGUUGCUUUGAUGGUUGUCACUUUUGUUUAAGAUUGUUGCAAGUUGUUUUGUUAUUGAAAUUGUGGGUUUUGGUUUUAAGAUUGAGUUUCUUAAGACUUGAUCAUUAACUAAUGUUUACACAAUUAAUAUCAGAAUUUAUCAUGGUUGAUGUAAUCAGUUGAAUUUAACAAAACAAUGGUAGUUAUCUGCUUGCAAACUGUUUUCUUGAAUUUGUGGGUAUUGGUUAUGGGAUUGAGUUUCUUAAGACUUGAUGAUUAACUAAUAUUUAUGCAAUUAAUAUCAGAAUUGAUCAUGAUUGAUGUUAUGUUAAGUCAAAAGAAUUAUGGAUCUUCGUCAAAUUUUAAGCGACCAAGAGUCUCUGCUUUUCGUGACUAUCCUAGAGAGUGUGGAAUGUUGGACCCUAGCGUGAAGCUGAGAAAAGGACGAGAAGAGAUUGCUAAUGUCCACCUUUGCACUUGCCGACCUGUUUUAAGAAAGUAUCCUCCUCCUAAAAUUCGGAAAAGGAUACCUAUCACACGGGAUUUUCCUGUCAAGCCGAAUGCUCCUGCUGUUUUGAGAGACCGGAUAUCUGAUUCCAAGGGGAGUAAUCCAGCUAAUGAGAUGUCUGUGGCAGAUUACAAAGGAUCGGAUGGUUUUGAUGCAACUAAUGUUCAUGUGUGCAUGGAUGCUAAACAGGGCAACUUGUCAGGUAUUAGGCACUCCAAGCCAUCUAAUGCUCCUAAUGCUAAUAAUGUUUGUGAUAUUCAUGCGUGCAUAAAAUACAGGAAGAGAUCUAUGUCUAUGGUCUUUAGGGAUUGCAAACUGAUGGAUGGUUCUAUUCUUUGUACAGAUGUUAGAGAAUCCAGCUUGUCAAUGGUUGUUGGGGAUGAGCAAUAUGAAGGGGAUGUUUCUAUUGCAAAUAAUGUUUAUGCGUGCCCUGAUGUUUGGGACUCCAAGCCAUCUAAUAUUCCUAAUGCCACAAAUGUUCAUGAUAUUCGUGCCUUUGUAGAACCUAAAGAAGAUGGUAUGUUCAUGGUCUUUAAGGAUUGCAAACUUAUGGAUGUUUCUAUUUUAACUAAAGGGAGCUUAUCAGUGGUUGUUAGGGAUGAGCAAUGUUCAGAUGCCCUAUUUGAGGAGCAUGAUUACCAAGCAGCCGUUAAUGACGAAGAGCAAUGUUCAGAUGCCCUAUUUGAUGCGAAUGAUUACCAAGCAGCAUUUAGUGAUGAAGGUGUUAAAGCAGCCACUUUUGUGGAUGUAAAUAAUUCUCAAGUUGGUCUUAGCAUGAGAAUUAAUUGUGACAAGGUGAAAGAGGUUAUAAAUCUUUUUCAAGAGGUUCACUCUAAACUCUUAGAUGAUAAGGGAAGGAAACAAAAAGGAAGUCUUACUCUAGAAGCUGCUUCAAUUCUUCACAAGCAGCAAAAGUGGAUCAACAUGAAUAGGCGUUUAGGCCCUAUCCCAGGAAUUGAAGUAGGUGACUACUUUGACUGGAGGGCUGAAUUAAACAUAAUUGGCCUCCAUCGUCAACAUUUUCACGGUAUAGAUUAUAUGGAGUUGGAUGGGAGAAUACUAGCAACAAGCGUUGUGGACUCUGGUCGAUAUGACAAUGUUUUGAAGUCAAACGAAGAACAAGAGUUUCCAGAUACCCUAAUUUAUUCAGGUGAAGGUGCAAAUCCAAAGGUUCAAAGUACAAAAUCUAUAGAUGACCAAAAACUAGAACGAGGAAACCUUGCAUUAAAGAAUAGCUCGGAGGUUAAAACCCCUAUAAGGGUUAUUCGUAAGGUUUCCUUUGUUGCUAGCAGUGGGAAGACUAUAUACCGCAAAUUUGUUUAUGAUGGGUUGUAUUUUGUUGAUAGUUAUCGACAAGAAAGAGCAUCAUCUGGUAAGCUCGUUUUUAAGUUCAUGUUGAAGAGAUUUCCCGGGCAACCAAAAGUUGAUUGGACAAAAUUUGUAAGGAAAAAGCUUGUUUGUGUGAAUGAUAUUUCUCAAGGUAAAGAGAUGAUACCUAUUCGUGCAUUGAAUGCAUUGGACGACGAGAAGCCUCCUAUUUUUAAUUAUGUAACCUCUGUGACAUAUUCGGAGUCCUAUCAUCCUUCCAUGAUUGAAGAUGGUUGUGAUUGUAGUGAUGGAUGCUCGGACUCUGAGGAUUGCCCUUGCAUCAUCAAGAGUGGGGGAUCAACAUACAAUUAUGAACAACGCAUUAUGAAGGCAAAGCCCCUUGUCAUCGAGUGUGGGCCUUGUUGUAAGUGCUUCACUUCUUGUAUUAAUAGAGUAAGUCAACGUGGAAUUCGUUUUCCUUUAGAAAUUUUUAAGACUAAAACAAAAGGAUGGGGUGUUAGAUCACGAUCUUGGAUCCCAUGUGGAAGUUUUAUUUGUGAGUAUACAGGUGAAAUCAUUCCAGAUAAGGAAAGUGAACGAAGGAUAGGUAAGGAUGAGUACUUGUUUGAUAUAGGAAAUAGCUAUGGUGAUCAUUCUUUGCGAGAUACAAAUACUCUCGGCUCUUCUGAGGGAAAUGAAUGUUUCACCAUUGAUGCUGCUCAAGUUGGCAAUGUGGGACGAUUCAUCAAUCAUGGUUGCUCUCCCAAUCUUUUUACUCAGGAUGUUCUCUUUGAUCAUGAUAACAAAAGUAUGCCACACGUUAUGCUAUUUGCUAUGGAAGAUAUACCUCCUUUGGAGGAGUUAACCUAUGAUUAUAAUUAUAAGAUAGGCGAAGUUUGUGAUGCAAAUGGUAAUAUCAAGAUGAAGAAUUGUUAUUGUGGCUCUAGUGAGUGUACUGGGAGGAUGUACUAGUGAAGAUGUAUUCUUAUUUUGUUCCUUUGAGUAUUUAAU